CUUCAUAUAUCCAAAUCCUCCAUACUUUUGGUUUGCAAUCCUUUCUUUCGUUUUGUAUGAUGAAAUCGCAUUUGGCCGUUUUCUUCAUCACUUGUUUCCUCUUUUGCGCCUACAUUAUGACUAGCGACUCCGUUUACACUCUACCGUUCCCUUUCCCUCCCGACCAAGUUGAGAUUCUCUUGGCUUUGAAGGAUGAGUUCCCAUCCUUCGAUUGUGACCUCACUUGGAAACUCGAUUACUUUAGUCGAAGGGACACUAGAGCAAAUAUAAGCUCCUGGACCAAAGACUCUGACUCUUUUGAUGGUGUUUCCUUUGAUAGCGAUACCGGUGUAGUGAGCGCGCUGUCCCUUGGUCGUCAAUGUCUCACUAGUCUCAAGGCUAAUAGUAGCCUUUUCAGAUUCCAACACCUAAGGUACCUCGAUCUCUCUGAAAACCAUUUUUACUCGUCCCCUAUCCCAUCCGGGUUAGACAGACUCGCCUCCUUGGAAUCCUUGGAUCUUAGCAAAAAUGGUUUUAUAGGAGAAGUUCCAUCCUCCAUAAGUAACCUAAGCCGGUUGAAAAACUUAUACCUUUCAGAUAACAAGCUCACCGGUCGUAUUCCCCAUCUACGUAACUUAACCCUUCUUGAAAAUAUAGACCUAUCUUAUAAUAAUUUUUCGGGAACCAUUCCUUCUUACCUAUUCACCAUGCCUUUGCUACUUUCUCUUGACCUACGCCAAAACCAUCUUAGUGACCCUCUUGAAAAGAUAAAUUCUUCUACAACCUCUGAUUUUUUAGGUUUAGACAUGGCCUAUAACUUUUUGAGUCAUCGAAUCGUCGAACCUAUCUCAAAAUUAGCCAACCUCGUGUAUCUUGACUUAUCUUUUCAGAAGACACCCUACACAUUCAAGUUCGAUUUAUUGCUCUUCAAGUCUCUAGAACGUUUGGAUCUUUCCGGAAAUAGUGUGUCCGUGGUUGGUACGGCUCCGGAAAAUUUGACACAUCUAUACUUGUCGAGCUGCAACAUCACCGAGUUCCCUAUGUUUGUUAAGGACUUACAAGGUCUAUCGUGGUUGGACAUUUCCAAAAAUAGAAUUAAAGGGAAAGUGCCUGAGUUGUUAUGGAAUCUGCCUUCUAUGGUCCAUGUAAAUCUCUCUCAAAACUCCAUCGAUUCCUUGGAAGGUACGCCAAAACUAAUCCUUAAUUCGUCGAUUUCACAGUUAGAUUUGAGUUCAAAUGCCUUCAAAGGAUCUUUUCCUAUUAUUCCACCUUACGUCAACAUCAUGGAUGCAUCAAAUAAUUAUUUCACUGGAGGCAUACCUCUUGCAUUCUGCAAUAGAUAUAAACUGAAUCUCCUCGAUCUAUCAAACAACAACUUCGGUGGGUCAAUUCCAAGAUGUUUGACAAAUGCAUCACUAAGACUAGAAGCGUUGAAACUCAGCAACAACAACCUCACUGGGAGACUUCCGGACAUAGAAGAUGGCUUAGUACUACUUGAUGUUGGCCACAACCAAAUAAGUGGGAAGCUUCCAAGGUCUCUAGUAAACUGCACAACCCUAAAGUUUCUAAAUGUGGAAGGAAACCGCAUCAACGACACUUUCCCUUUCUGGCUGAGGGAUUUAUGGAGUCUUGAAGUCAUUGUUCUGAGAUCAAACAGAUUCCAUGGUCCUAUAUCUUCUCCUGAGAUUUCUCUUUCGUUUACCGCACUGCGGAUAAUCGACAUAUCGCGUAACAGCUUCAACGGGAGCCUGCCACAAAACUACUUUGCGAAUUGGAGUGCACCUUUGGUUAAUAUCCCACAAGGCUAUCGUUGGCCAGAGUAUACAGGAGAUGAACACUCUAAAUACGAGACUCCACUUUGGGCUUAUCCUUCCGUUCAUUUGAGAAUCAAAGGACGAAGCAUAGAGUUGGGAAAGAUCCCAGACACAUACACAUCAAUCGAUUUCUCAGGAAACAGUUUUGAAGGACAGGUUCCAGAAUCAAUAGGUUUCUUGAAAUCGUUGAUUGUUCUGGACUUAUCUAACAACUCUUUCACAGGUCAUGUUCCAUCGUCUUUGGCCAAACUCAAACAACUCGAGUCAUUGGAUCUGUCUCAAAACAAAAUCUCUGGAAAUAUACCUCAAGAGCUAAGAGACCUCACGUUCUUGGGAUAUGUUAACAUGUCACAUAACAGACUCACCGGUCAAAUACCACAGAGUACACAGAUUAGUGGCCAACCAAAAUCAUCCUUUGAAGGGAAUAUCAAUCUUUGUGGUCUUCCUCUUCAAGAGAGUUGUUUCAAGGCACCAUCAACACCACCACCACAGACACAAGAGCCAGAACUACCAAAGGAAGAACACGUGUUGAACUGGAAAGCAGCUGCAAUAGGCUCUGGACCUGGACUGUUGUUUGGACUGGUGAUCGGACAAGCCCUUGCUCAAUACAAACCUGUCUUGUUCCAUAAGUUAUUUCGUCUUUGAGAUGCAUUGUUUCUUCUUCUUCUUUUUCUUUUGGUGUUGAAUCAUAUA